ACCUACGAGCUCAUGAAUGCAAUUCUGCAAAUCAUGUUGGGAGGUUUACGGAUUAAGUUUAACUACGAAUGAAAUGAAAUCCACGAAACAAAAACAAUAUCCGUUGUCGUUAUAAAGCAGUUCUUUCUCGAGCCUCUCCUUUUUGGCAAUGUCAUCGUUACUACUUCAAGCUCCUGUCCACUUCUCACCUCUCAACUCCAUACCCUCUGAUUUCCCCGCCAAACCCGCCUCCUCCAUCUCUCCGCCGUGUUUAAAGGUUGUCGCUUUUGAUCGAAAGAGGCUCAGAUUAGAACCCUGCAGGGGAACAAGGGGUUUUCUCGAACUGGGUACAAGCAAAGAUGGGAUUUUUGUGAAAGAUGGAAGAGGGAGAAAGAAUAGCGAUAGAGUGGUUCUGGUGAGGUUUAACCAAGGUUUCGGCGGCGGCGGCGGCAGCGGGGGAGGUGGCGGCGGCGGCAGAGAUAAUGGCGGCACUGCGAGGAUUCUGGGUAAUCUUGCUUUGGCUAUUGGGCUGACUUAUCUUUCAAUGACUGGCCAGCUUGGUCGCGUAUUCGAUGCUGUUGGCUGGGUUCUCGACGCCGUGAUCUCUCUUUGGCUACUUGCAGUGAUUCUACCAAUUGUGGGGGUCGGGGCGUUCCUAUGGUGGGCUGGAAGGGAUAUGCUUCAGAGCUCUUGCCCAACUUGUGGUAACGAGUUUCAGGUUUUCAAAUCAACACUGAAAGAUGAGCCGCAGAUGUGCCCCUUUUGCAGUCAACCAUUUUCAGUGGAAAAUGGCAAGUUUGUGAGAGAUUCUGUUAAAUCCUCGAAUGAAUCCACAUUCUUCGGAGAAGCCUUCAGCAACUUCUAUUCGGGUUCUGAUAAAGGAGGGAAGGAUUCAUCUUCCUCUGCAGUUGUUGACAUCGAAGCAGAAGUAAAAGACGCAGACUGACUUGACUGGCUAUGUCAAGUUCUAACUGAAAUUGCACCCCAUAUAUUCACUUCUCCAGCAACCAGGGAAGUAUAGUUAUUUAAUCAGAUGAGAUUCUCCAAAGCAGCUCAUUGUGCAACCAAGAAAUGCAUAUAUGAUUGUGAGCGUUGCUGGUUGAAGUAGCAAUGCGAACUGCAUUUUGCUGCUGCUACUGUUUACUGAGUUUUGAUGAUCAAUCCCGACAAUGUAUACCAUGUAUUCAAACGUUCAUACCGGUACGUUUGUUCAUCGUUCUAGUUGGGUUUACAAUAAUAAUCCAUGUAAUCCAAAUCAUUUAUAAUACACCACGUAAUUAUCU